AUUCAAGUUACACUAAUAUUUGAUUGAGAUUGAAAACAAUGGCGCCCCAUACUCAAAACCAGCGGAAGCUCAUAAUUGCCUCAAACCGCCUCCCACUUUCCGUCAAGCCCAAGGACGGCAGUUACGAGGUGACUACAUCGAGCGGGGGCUUGGUGACUGCCUUAAAGGGUUUGAGUCAUUCUGACUACCUGUGGCUAGGCUGGCCAGGGGUGGAAAUCAAUGAACGGGACAGAGGUAGUGUUGAUGAAGCCUUGGCUAAAGAAAAUGCCGCUGCAGUAUAUCUGGAGGAGAAUUUGGCUCAGAAUCAUUAUAAUAGAUUUUCCAAUGGUGUUCUGUGGCCCACGCUACAUUAUCAGUCGGAAGUUUCCUUUGACAACGAGACGUGGGACGCGUACCAGCGUGUCAAUCAGAUCUUCGCUGAUCGGAUCAGUGAGGAGGCGGCGGAUGGUGACUUAAUAUGGGUGCACGAUUAUCACUUACUCCUGGUACCACGAUUACUGCGUGAUUGUCUACGCGCGCAAAACAAACGGUGUCCUAUAGGCUUUUCUCUUCACACUCCCUUCCCAGCAGAUGACUUCUGGAGAGGCCUUCCUGUUCAAAAACAGCUGCUUGAUGGUGUCCUUGGUAGCGACAUCAUUGGCUUCCAUACGGACGAGUACAAGGCGAACUUUUCUGGCGCUUGCGGCUCUCACCUUGGAGCUGGAGUUGAAGGCAGCAAUAUCCACUACAACGGUCGUACUAUUCGCUUUGAUAAAUACGUCGUGGGGAUUGAUUGUGGGAGAUUCGCUGAUACAAUCGCGGAACCUGAGGUUCAGACUAGAAUUCAAGAGCUCGAGGCGCAAUAUAAGGAUAAAACGAUCAUCAUUGGCGUGGAUCGCAUGGACUAUACAAAGGGCUUGCCUGAAAAAAUGGAAGGCUUCCGAGUCUUUCUCGAUGAACACCCCGAAUUGAGCGACAAGGUUGUGUUAAUUCAGAUCGCCAUUCCGAGUCGUGAAGAUGUCAAGAAGUACCAGGAGCUAGAGGCAGAAGUGAGCAAGCUUGUGGGCCAAAUCACUGGCAAGUAUGCUACACCCCAAUCGACACCAUUGCUUUACAUCCACCGCUCAGUCUCCUUUGCGGAGCUUACAGCUCUGUACUCGGUGUCUGAUGUCUGUCUUCUCACUUCACGCCGGGACGGGAUGAACCUUGUUGCUUCCGAGUACGUCGCUUGUCAAGAGGCCCGACACGGCGUAUUGGUACUCUCUGAAUUUACCGGUGCAGCAGCCUUCAUGAAACACGGCAGUCUGUUGUUCAAUCCUUCUAAUGCAGAUGGGCUCUCGAAUGCACUUUACGAGGCUGUUACAAUGGAGGAGAAAGACAGGAAGAAAAUGUAUGAAGAGUUGCGGAGUUUCGUCACCACUAACACUAGUACGAAAUGGACCGAGACGUUCCUUGGAGAUUUGAUGAGACUGCGGGAAUAGAGAAAUAGAUAGCUUUUAGAGUAGUUUCAAUGGUCGUU